UAUGGGUAUGUUCGCCUAAAGAAAUGUCUUACAAAAUGGUAAAAAGAGAUGCCCAACGCACACUAUAAUAUAAAUUCCUACUAAACUGCAUUUUAUGACAGUGUCGUGAACAAACGUUUCCAUCAUGCACUCAAUGUUAUUCGCUUUUGUCACAAUUAUUUGUGCAGUUUCCGCGCAACGUCCCUACAGGCCGGUAGCAGCAAUUCCGCAAAGUCCGGGGCAAAUAGUUAGAAUUUUGAGUCAGACGAAUGAUGUUGGAAUUGAUGGUUCAUAUCGUUGGAGUUUUGAAGCUGAAAAUGGAAUAGCCGCCCAGGAAAGUGGUCAAUUAAAGAAUGCAAAUUCCCAAGAUCCGAUUGAAGAAGCUCAAGGGUCAUUUCAAUAUACGGCACCCGACGGGACACCAAUCCAAUUGCAAUACAUUGCAAAUGAAGGCGGAUUUCAACCAUCAGGUGCACAUUUGCCUGUCGCGCCCCCAAUUCCUCCAGAAAUUCUGAAAUCUCUCGAAUGGAAUGCGGCUCAUCCAGAAGAAGACGAUGGCAAUACUCGUCCAGGAGCCGGAUACAGAGGAUGAUUACUGGGAUAACAACUGUAUAUUAUGAAUUGUAAAAUAUGUAAUAUUUUAUGUGAUUUAAAUAUGUAAUAGUGUCAAUAUUUAAUAUAUUUUGCAUACAAACUA